AUGCACCAGCGGACAUAUACAUACGUCCUCGCGCCUAGAUGGGACUUUCGUCCAGAUGGCCCCAUUGCCCUCGGAAAAAUCAUCGUCGAUCCAUUCAGACCACACCGGGUCCUGACAAGACCUGACCCAGACAUCCCGACUGCUCCCAUCGAAACAGUAGUCGAAACCGACUGGUCGCUACAUCACCAAAGAGAGAAUGGCGUCAAGUCAAGCAUCUGGACCCACUUCCUCAACGCCAUGGGCGUCGAUCUCGGUUUUGAGGGUAGCAGGUCACUUGAUGCUGACUACACUGUCGACUCCCUGACAACCAGCUACUUCAGGGACGAGCCCUCCCACGAAGAGAUCAUUCGACGGACCCAAGACGGCAAAAUCCGGGAUCUGAUGCGUCUGGAUACCGGUACAUCGGGAACGGUUAUUGGCGAUGUCAGUGUUGGCACGGACAAUAAGAUCUAUUCGAAGGAAUCAGACAAACAUCAGGGGAAGGGCGAAAAUGAUAUUGUGUUCGCCUUCCAGCUUAUGAAGAUCGUGCCGAAGGGGUGGAAAAACAAGUCCUUCGAUGUGCAGGACUUCUACCCCAAGGCUGCUCUGCUGCUGGGCGAUGAAGAAGAAGUUGAGAACGAGCUCGAUGUGUCUUAUGCCACAGCGGCGGAUUUCGCCGAGUCUGAGCUGGAUAUUCAGUUCAAUAUGACUGAGCUACAUGAUAGCCAGGGUACGUUCAAGUGUGUUACUGCCAAGGCGUGA